GCUGAGAAAAUGCGGAAGUUUUACCACGUGUGUUGCAUGUGGACAUUGCUAUGUCUGAUGUCGCGGCCAUCGCUGGCUGCCAUCGUUAAGGAUGCCGCCGGCAAGUGUAUGGAGGGCUCGGUGGAAGGCGAUCCCCAGGACUGUGCGGGCUACUUUCAGUGCCUGGACGGGGCCAUCCUGCAUCAGCAGUGCCCUGAAGGAGCCUACUUUGAGGUCACCUAUGAGGUGUGCGUCAUCGACGAGAAGGGCAUCUGCCCGCCCGCAGAACACAAGUGCACCGAACUGGAGCUGGCAGAGGAUCCCGCGGACUGUGCCGGAUAUCUGCAGUGCAUCAAUGGACUCUUUGCGCAGCAGAAGUGCGCCGCUGGGGCCUAUUUUAAUCAGACCUCGAAAAGCUGUCUCGUGGAUGGGAAUGUGGCCUGUGCGCCCUUGCAGGAAAGGUGCAACGAUGGCGAGCUCAAAGCGGACCCCGAAGAUUGCGCUGGAUAUCUGCAGUGCGUGAACGGAGUACUCGUGCGGGAGAAGUGCGACAAGGGCAGCUACUUCAAUGUGAGCUGGAGCCAGUGUGUGGUAGAUGUCGGUUUUUCCGCCGAGAACUGCACCGAAGGAGAGCUAAAAUGCGACCCGAAUGACUGUGCCGCAUACCUACAGUGCAGCGAUGGGGAGUUCGUGGCCGAGCAGUGCUCCAGUGGCAGCUACUUCAAUUCCAGCCUCAAUAUAUGUCAGGUCGAUGUGAACGGCAUCUGUGUGGCACCUCCCGAGAACUGCACAGAAGGAGAGCUGGAUGUGGACCCCAACGACUGUGCCGGAUACCUGAAGUGCAUCGAUGGGGAGUUCGUGGCAGAGCCGUGCCCCAGUGGCAGCUACUUUGAUGCCAAGCUGGAGCUUUGCUUGAUCGACGACGACGGCAUCUGUUUGCCGACUGUGAAGAAGUGCACCGAGCGAGAGAUGCAAGAAGAUCCCGAGGAUUGCGCCGGAUACCGGCAGUGCGUUGGCCAGGAGCUGGUGCAGUUGAAGUGUGCUCCUGGCAGCUACUUCAAUGCCACAGCAAGCAGCUGCAUGCUGGACGAGGAUGAAGUAUGCGUGUCGCCGACAGUGCGCUGCUUGGAGGGAGAACUGACGGAGGAUGCCGAAAACUGUGCGGGUUUCUUGAGCUGUGUCGACGGUCUGUUCGUGGCCCAGCAAUGUGGCAGCGGAGAAUACUUCCAUCCAGGAUUGCUGGAGUGCCUAGACGAUGAUCGAAACAUUUGCAACAGACAGUGCCGUUCAAGUGCCAGGGGCAGAUGCGUUGAGGGCAAAAGGAUGGCGGAUCCCCAGGACUGUGCGGGCUAUCUGGAGUGCAUUGAUGGGCAGCUGGUGGAGCAGAUAUGCGCCCGAGGCAGCUACUUCGAGACCACCCUCAGGGGCUGUUUUAUCGACGAGAACCACCGCUGCGUGACGGACCAAGAGUGAUUCCUAAUGCACAAUAAAUUAUCUCAAUUUGCCGACUUCCCCGCCGACGAGAAUAGCUGCGGCUACAAUAAAUCUAAUUAAAUGGGAAGUUGCUGCUUAAUUUAGU